GUCAUUAAUCGUCAUUGCCACAAUGUCUUUUCCCUUCAUACCUCUCUCUGGCAAGGUACUACAAAAGUCUGGUUCUAUGAAGCACUUUCAAGAAGUGGCCUUGGGUGACAAAGGAUCCCAUGGAUUGCAUCCGGUUUCAUGGCUUCGGCUACUUCACUUUUCUUUUGCCUUCGGUAAUUUGCUUGUUUGCCCCGUUUGGUCCUUGUUUUGGACUGCAACUCUGCAAGGCUGCAACAAGUAUUAAUUAAAGUCUGGUAGUAGCAGAAAGAGGAUAAAACCACACAAUCCCGUCAUUAUGAAUGAAACCAUCCUUUAUUGACAUUGAUGAUAUUUUUGCUCAUCAAGAGGAGAAAUAUCCUCUUAAAACUUCAAGAUCCUUUGUGGUCUAAGAGAAAGAAGUUCGCAGGUGAUUGAUAUAUUGUUGAUACCCUGCUUUGUGACACAGGAUAGGUUUCAGGCAUCAAAUUGUGGAUAUGCGUACUCCGUAGAUCGUACCUCUCCUGGUAUUAUCUAUCACCUUUUCAAAGCAC